AUGUUCAGGUGUAUUAAUGUAAUCCUCAUAUUAUGCGUAUGCCGUGCUUACGGUACUGAAAAUUUUGGAGGAGAAUCAAGGAUAGUAAACGGAACAAACGCUAAAGAAGGAGAGUUCCCUUAUGCUGUGUCUUUAAGGAGAAAUUCAAGCCACACGUGCGGUGGAACAAUCCUGAACGAGAGAUUUAUUCUAACAGCAGCCCACUGUGUUUGUAGAGACAGCAAACCGCAGGAUAGUACCCUCUUCUCAAUCCAGUACGACAUGUUGGAAAUCACCAAGGAGCCUGUGAAUUCUAUAAACGUGAAGGAAAUAAACUGCCACAAAUUCGACUCGGAUAAGAUAAUUUAUGAUGCGGCAGUUUUAGAGUUGGAAAAACCCAUACCUAAGGGUAAAUGGAGCCCAGUAAAAAUCGCAAACAAAUUCGUUGCUCGGGAAAGCCUGAGCGGCACCAUCAUCGGUUGGGGAAGGCUUUUUCACGGUGGUCCUAUAUCUAAAACUCUGCAAAAAAUGAAGGUAGACAUCUACGAUGACGAAACUUGCGGGAAAAAGUUCGAUACCAUGCACCAUAUUUGCUUCGGCGCUCCCGUAGGUGGUGCAUGUAACGGAGAUUCUGGAACUGCGUUGAUUGUUGACGGUGUUCAAGUUGGUAUUGCUUCCUUCAUAACUCACUACUGUGGAACAGCAAAUAAGCAGCAUCCCAAUGUUUAUUCGAGAGUGACUACUUACUAUGACUGGAUUUCGGGAAUAGCAGGAUUAGAGCAGUUGUAA